GCUAUGUGCAAUAUAAAUGCAACUGCUACUGUGUACACGGUCCAGUUUCCAGUCGUUCUUUUGGAAUCCAAUAGAAAGCAUAAUUCUGACACAGGAUUACUUAUCUGAGAAAAAUGAUAGGACUAAUAGUGUUGAUUGCAUUUAUUGGACCAGUCCAAGUUUCUGGACGAAGCGUAGCACAAACUAGUUGUGAAUAUAAGGAUAUUUCUCAAAAAUACUCGAAAUCCUGCGAAAGAACGUAUGUGGAAGAUAUCUUCAAAAACGUACUGAAUGAUGAGAUAGUCAGAGGAAAUGAACUUCUACAGCAGUUGUCAACGACAUGCAGCAAUUUUGAAACAUACAAGAAAUGUGUAAACUGUACAGCUAGACAUGUCUGUCCUGAGGAAAGAACAAAAUUUAGCGAAUUGCUCAGUGAAAGGUGGGCACUUUUUUGCGAGGCUGACCAACCAUCAAACUGGAUAAGGACAAUAUUACAGAAUGGAUAUAGCUACAACAAAUCUUGUGACUUUGUAUUCGGAAGCACAUUUAUGUCAUGUUUUCAUGACUCUCCAGGGGACAACGCAACAUCUCUAACCGACGUCUCUGAAGGUUACAGGAGUGUCAUGACUGCCAUUUUCAAGUGUACAGUUGGUGAAAUUCUCAGCUCUUCGGAAGAAAUAAGGUAUUGUGGGUCUUCCUGGCAGGAUAUUUUAUUGACAAACUGGCUUAAAAUCUCUACUGAACAUGGUAUAGGGCUUCGUAUCGGUGAAGAUGAAGUUAAACAAUUACAGAUGAUGAGAUGCUAGUUGGAUCAGUCGACGUUUUGAAACAAUGCAAUAAUGUAUCUGCGAUAGUCGGAUCCCUUCACGAGCCUUAAAAUGCAAGGAUCGUUUCAUUUGUUACAAACAAUCUUUUAAUUCAUAAGAGAUAUAGUAUGUAAAAGAAAGUACAUAAUGAAUAAAGUGUCUUCUUCUUUUUCGGUAAA